AUGUUUCCGUUGCAAUAUGUAUUUACGGUUCUGCUUCUCGCAUAUUCGGCUGUUUGCUUCCCUCUGUUAGAGCGAAGGAAGCAUGACAAAGAGCCAGAAUCACACUGGGUCAACAUCUGGACAACUAUGCCCCAGCUGGUAGAGCCUGCUAACCUUCCCCCUGUCCCAUUUAAUGGAUCAUCUUCCGUGUUCGAUAAUACUACUAUUCGGCAAACUCUCCAGGUCUCAUUAGCAGCGAAGGAGAUCCGUAUUCGUCUCUCUAAUGCGUUCGGCGCGAAUGAUCUCGCCAUAACCAAAGUGACCAUUAGUCUUCCGGCAACACAGGACGUAGGAAUCAGUGCUCUGCAAAAGGCUUCGUUGAAAGAUGUAUCCUUCGAUGGAAGCCCAGAAGUGGUGAUCCCAAACGGCGGACUGGCUGUCUCCGAUCCGAUAAAACUUCCCAUCAAGGCUGAAUCGGCUCUCAUGAUCAGCAUCUACCUCAAGAAUGGACAAGAAGGCUUCUCGAUCACUGGUCAUCCUGGAAGUAGAACGACUUCGUAUCUAGCAGUUGGAGAUUGGGUCAGUGCGCUGAACAUCACGGACUCAUCUGUACAAAGCACGGAUCACUGGUAUUUCAUCAGUGGGGUGGAGGGUUGGCUACCGUCCGAGUCUAGUAGCUUCGUAAUCAUCGGCGACAGCAUCACCGAUGGCCGAGGAAGCACAACAAAUGCGAAUAAUCGCUGGCCGGACUUGGUACUGGCCAAAAUGCAGAAACAUGACUCGACAUCGAAGAUUGCAAUUUUGAACCAGGCAGCAGGUGGUAACCGAAUUCUACAAGAUGGCCUUGGUCCCAAUGUAAUCAGUCGUCUUGACCGAGAUCUCUUGGCGCAGUCGGGAGUGCAAUAUGCGAUGAUUUUCGAAGGCGUGAACGACAUCGGUCUCGCGGAUACCGAUGCUGCCUCGCAGGCGCAGAUAGAAGCACGUCUUGUUGCGGCAUAUAAACAGAUCGCGACACGCAUCCAUGCGAUUGGUGGUAUCCCAUUCUUUGGUGCAACAAUCACUCCUUUCGGUUCGUCGCCAACCUCGGAUUACGUUCAGCCUUAUUCGAGCGUCGAGCGCGAGAAAACUCGUCAAAACAUCAAUACGUUUAUUCGGGAAAGUGGUGUUUUCGAUGCUGUCCUAGACUUUGAUCGCGUAUUGAGAGAUCCACAGGCCCAGGAUCAAUUGCUGGAGAAGUACGAUUCUGGUGAUCAUCUUCAUCCUAAUGUGGCUGGGUAUCAAGCGCUGGCAGAUUACUUCCCAAUUGAAAUAUUUGAAUGA